AUGGCUCGGAUGAAGGUCAAUUUCAAGAAAAAGCAAGUUGAACAAAUUCUUCUUAGUUAUAUGAGAGAUGGAAAUUCUGGACCUUACAAUGAGUUACUAACAGUAUUGAAAGAUGUCCCAUUGAAUGAUGAUAAUUUUAGAAUUUUAUUUGAGGAUUGCUUGUCUUGUGUGGUGCUAUUAGGUAGAGAAUUAAAGCCCUUUGUAGAUAUAUUAUGCUGUAUAGAGUGGGCCAGUAAAGAAGAGGAUCUAGUGGAUACUUACAGUAGAUUUAUAUUAAGUCUGGUUACAGCACACACCUACCACUGCCCAAGGAUAAUGUCUUCUUUAGUUAAAUUAUUUAAAGCCGAUGGUGAAAACUGGGAUGAUAGUCCUAAAGAAGAUAUUGUAUCAAAAUGGUCAAACAUCCACACAGUGAUAGCUCAAAUAGUAGCCGUUAUGCCUAUGACCAGUGACCUUCUAAUGCAGACUGUAAUCGAACAAUUUCCAUACUACAAAGCUGGAUGCUUUCCAAAUAGAGCCUAUAUUCAUAACUUAAUAUGGAUGAGUAAAUAUAUACCGUCUCUUAGAGAACAAAUAAUGAUAACUAUAGUUAAUAAAAUGGUAGACAUGGAUACAAAUAUAGUAGACCGUGAUAAGAAUAAACAAGAAACAAUAUUUGAUAUGGAAAUUGAUGAAAAAGAUGAAGUAAGCGAGACACUUGACUUCUGUAUGUUAGAAAUGCUUAAAUGGCUUGAAGAUGAAAGGGAUCCUGUGUUGAAUAUUAUGUGCAAUGUGUUUGAAAGAGUUAUAUUACCUACUCAUGGGAUUCGACAUGUUCAGUUCCUCCUCUUAUACACAAUAUCAAUAAGCCAGCAGUGUGCGGAUCGAGUUUUUACGAACUUAUGGAUAGUGGCAGCAGGAUUACACGGUCUGGGUCCAGGUGCUUUGGCAACUCGGAGGACUGCUGCCAGUCACUUGGCAGGUUUAUUGGCAAGAUGUGUACGAGUGCCAAACUCUAGGGUUAUACACUAUUUAAGAACAAUGGCAGAAUGGUGCCAUUCAUAUAUAACAGCAACACAGGAGUCUACGGUUGCUGAUAAUAUGAAAGUACACGGUGCCUUCCAUGCGAUAUGUCAUGCGAUAUUUUAUCUAGUUGCGUUUAAGAAUCAUCACCUGUUUAUGAGUAAAGAGAGUUUAAAUUUUGUUGAAUCGUUGAACCUACCACGUCUAGUUACAUGCAAUCUCAAUCCACUAAGAACCUGUCCGCCACAAGUCUGUAGAGCGUUCUCAUCUGUGACUCGAUCACACCAAGUGGUGUAUUGUCAAGCAAUUAUAGAAAAGAAUGCCCGAUUAACUCUCCAGAAUAGUGUGCAAAAGUUCGAUGACUGGUUCCCAUAUGAUCCUUAUACAUUACCUGUAUCUGGGAAAAUAAUUUGGCCUCUCUGUAUGGAAUACAAGGAUGUAUUCAAAGAUGGCGACGAUGAAACACAAUACACUAGUCUAAAACGUAAAUUGGAGAUUGAAGAUGACGACUACUUAAUACCGAGCCCUUCGCAGAAACUAGCCAGUUCCUUGUCAAAUUGUAUAUCACCGGGAUUCAAAACCAGUGAAAGUAUAUUUUCU